UCAGUGCACACGAGAGGCAGGUCCAGCCAAUCCCGGCUGGGAUGGCCUCCGGAAGUGGCUAGAAGCCUGUUCAGCGUGCCUGCGGACCCAGCUAGGGGACCCUGCUGGCAGCGGGAUGUCCUGGUCCGGCUUUCUCCGUGGCCUGAACACGUCCCUAAGCUCUGGCCUAGCCCUGGCCUCCCAGCUCCGGACCAGCCGCCCCAUGGCCACCCUGAACCAGAUGCACCGCCGAGGGCUCCUGAAGCGGCCGCCCCCACCUCUGGGCCCCACGGCCGGCCGGCCGCAGCUGAAGGGCGUAGUGUUGCGCACGUUCAUCCGAAAGCCCAAGAAACCCAACUCGGCCAACCGCAAGUGCUGCCGCGUGCGGCUCAGCAACGGCCGAGAGGCCGUGUGCUUCAUCCCCGGAGAGGGCCACAGCCUGCAGGAGCAUCAUGUCGUGUUGGUGCAGGGCGGCCGCACUCAGGACCUGCCUGGCGUGAAGCUCACUGUUGUGCGUGGCAAGUAUGACUGCGGCCACGUGCAGAAGAAGAAGUGACCGCCAGGGCCACCUUGGCAGGCUGGGGUUCACCCAGAAUAAGAACCUUCCUCUCUGGGUGCCCGCAGUAUCCUUGGGAAGUUCUUCCAGCUCUGGAAGCACCUGGUCCUGGGUGCAAAUCCUGGCUUCGCCUCUUCCAGCUGGAACACUACUUGCCCACAGGGGUUCUGGGUGUGGAUUAGUAAAAGCACCCCUCUGUGCACACCCUUGCCUUUCGUGUAUAGAGCAUGGGCUCAGGGGGCGGGGGAACCCCUUCUGCUGGGAUAGGGCCCUGUACUGCCAUCUGCUGGGAAGGGGUUGCAAUAAACACACAGACCCCUCCGCCCCUGA